AUGGCGGACAGACAGGCCAUUCAGCAGAAUCUCAACGGUCUGUUGUUGAAGCUCGACGAUCCGGAUGCAGAUCUGAGAUAUAUGUCCUUGAAUGAUUUACUAGGCAUCCUGAAUAAUCCCAACUCUUCAUUUCUUUCUCACGAUCAACACUCGGCGUCGAGACUCGUCGACGGAUUGCUCAAAGCUCUAGAUGACCAACAUGGCGAUGUCCAGAACCAAGCGCUGAAAUGUCUCGGUCCGCUUUCGCUUCGGCUGCCCUUUGAAAGCCUCAUGCCACUUCUCGAGAAGCUAUCGACCUUAACCGCCUCACAAUCCAUCGAUACCUCAGUUCCCAACACCGCCCUGCGAGUCAUUGUCACAGCACUUCCUCGUCCUCAACCAGGGCAAGCACCCAGCAAAGAAGCCACCAUGGCAUACUCUGCUGUCUCCAGAGUCCUCAUCCCCCGUUUAAUCGGUCCCACGCCGUCGCCCUCAAACCGAAGGGGUAGUUUCGUAAAGGGAAUGUUGGAAAAGGAUCCUACUAAAGGCUUCAGUAGCGACGCAGUUGAUGUUGUGAUCCAAGUGGUCACAUGCUUUGGACCUCUUCUUAUGGAGGAGGAGUUGACCGCACUGCAAAAAUCUGUGAUGUCCAUCAUUGACAACGACACGGCUGGUACCGUUGUCACCAAAAGAGCAUUGGCCGCUAUCUCAGUGCUUGUGCUCCACUUUUCGGACAACCAACUGAACGCCUUUGUGGCUGAUCUUGUCGAGAGAUUCAAUUCCUCACAGUUGACGACCGUUCACCGGCGACAUCUGAUUGCUACGGUGGGCAGCAUAGCCAAAAGUGCUCCAGCCAAGUUCGGGCCCCAUCUGCAGACAUUAGCCCCUUUCGUGUUCUCGGCUGUGGGAGAGGAUAGUCUUGGUCAGGUAGCUUGA